AAACCCACCACUACUCCAGAGGAGAGCCGAAAGCGCACCAUUUACCAACUAAUCAGCAAAGAACAGCAGUAUGCCACCUGCCUGCAGUUCGCCAUCACCAGAUUCGUAUCCGCAUUGGCAGAGAGGCGGGACUUGCUGACCGCUUCCGAGCAUAAAGUGUUGUUCCAAAACUCCGAAGAGAUACUGCGGAUAACUGAAGAUAUCUUGGACCAUCUGGUGCAUGAGGAUGGGGAAAUGGAUGCGAGCAUACUGAGCAGAGUCUAUCGGUGCAAACUGCACGAAAUUACUUCGGCCUAUAAAAGAUACUGUUCGGGGAUUAAGAAGGCUGAUUGCGUCCUGGCCAAUAAGAUGAAGAACAGCAAUUCGGAUUUUGUCAAGUUCAUCCAGUGCCCGGCCAUUCCCAGAAGGCGACCGGACCUUACCACUUUCAUCCACAAGCCCUUGGAGCAUUAUCGCGAAGCGCUAAAGAUUCUCAUGGCCAUCCAGGGCCACACGCCACCAAAACACGAGGAUUUUUCCGCGAUUGGUCAGAUUGUCCAUGAAAUGCAGGUGACCUACAGGGAAAUUACUUCGGAAGGAGGGCUGAUGGAGCCCUGCGGGGAAGGCCGCCCGUUACUCUCGGUCCAGGACCUGGAAAAUCGCCUGGUUUUCACCAAAUGCAAGCCCUUUGUGCUCAACAAACCAGGACGCCAGUGGAUUUUUGGGGGCGACUUGGGGCGAGUAGAAGGCCGGAACGUCCGCCAAUACUGGACCUUGCUCUUCAGUGACCUCAUCCUAUUCGCCAGAGCCUCUAGGGAUCGGGUUCUAUUUAUCACCGAAGAUCCGCUUCCUCUAGCUCAUGUUACUGAUAUUGUUUUCAACGUUAGGAAAAAGGAUACGGAGUUUAGAAUAUGCACCAAUUCGGAUGCCAAAAGGCAGGCCACCAGUCCCACCAUCCACUGCGGCCCCGAUCUGAGUCGGACCCCGAAGAAGAGCUCCUGCAGAAAAACUGUGAUUUUGCGCGCGCCCACCAUGGAGCUCAAGGCGGUCUGGCAAAAUUUACUGCAGAGGCAAAUCCUCCACCUAAAUGCCGGUUUGGAUGGAAGCGCACUUAGUUCCCCCAUGGAAUCGCCGGAGGUUCCCAUCAACUCUUCGGUGGGCACUUUGCAGUCGGUUGAAACGAGCUCCAUGCGACGUCAGGUGCGUCUACUACAUGGCAAUAUGGCCUUUUUUCACCCCUCGGCAACAUAUCCAAAUGAACACAAUCCCCAUGAACCCCCAUCCCCCCAGAACAUCAACACGUCCUGUCGGGUGCGAGUCUCUUCGGAUGAAGUUGAAAGCGUCUUCAGCGGGCAUGAGGAUCUGGCCUCGUCUGAGGUCCUGUUGGAGGCCUUUGAAGAGAUCCAGCUGGGGGAGGAAGCCAGCUCCCAUCGCUCCCCAAUCGUUUCCACUAAUUCCACGGCGUUUCUCUCCUCGGGCAAGGGUUCUGUUGCCACCUCCACUAGGCCAGUUUGGUCCAAUAAGAGCUCGGAGACUCCCAGCACUUUGGACUCUUCGUCCUUCUACAACCGAAGCCCUGUUGAUGAGGUGUUUGAUUCGGGUGAUCUUCCCAAGUUGUCUUUGGGCCAACCAGCGAGUCCCAGUGCGAUUUUGACUCCCAGCAGCGAAGUCUCUGACCAAUCAGGCAGCAGCUACGACUUGCGGGACGACUUUUGGGACGUGAGUCAGUUUGAUUACGAUUUGAGCAGUUUGAAUAUCGAUGGCAUGUCCCAGCUGAGUGGCAAUUUUAAUUUUUGAUGCGCGCUCAAAAAUAGUUCUCGUCUGCAAUAAUUCCCAGCCUGAACUAGUGAUUGGUUGCCCCUCCUUUCCAAGUUCCGGCUCCCUGCCUUUCCAUGGCCAGCCCCUCCUAGAGACUACAUAGCUGAUAUUGUUAAUAAUUUUUUUAUUCGAAUGAAUCAAAAAGUGCCUUUUUGCGAACAGAAGCGAUGAUAAAAAAG